AUGGUAGAAACUCAGGAUGAGGCUGGUAUCUACUGGGAUAUCUACAAGUCCCGCUUGCUCAUCAUCAUCCCCUACACCAUUCUUGUUUACGACCACCUUUUGACGCUUUCCCGCGAAGUCGCCGGCUUUUGGCCCUCCCGGCGCUCCAGCUCCCGCUCGGGCGGCUGGAAGGCGGGCACCAUGCUCUUCUUCCUCAUCCGGUACUUCGCACUCUUUGGCACUAUACCCAUCAUAGUGCAGUAUUACUCCACGACAACGGACCCGGCAAUGCGUGUCGUACAUGUGCGUAUUCCCGAUACUCCGUAUGAUUUCCGUUCACUGAGGAGCAUCAGGUGCCGUCGGUUCAUGCUCUACCACCAGUACUUUGCCCUCGUCUCGCAGGUCCUCGUCGCCGUUAUGCUUAUCAUGCGCACAUAUGCCCUCUACGCCCGCUCUCGCUUCAUCCUCGCGUCCGUGCUCUUGGUGACCGUCACGGCAUUUGUCCUUGCCGUAGUCCGCCUCCUCAGCGGCAAUGACGUCGACAAUCUUUCGCCCGAACUUGCCGCAUUCGGGUGCCCGGUCGCCACUGGUCAAGCAAAAGCCCAUCGGCUUGCAGAGGCUUGGGCAGGCAUGCUCGUCUUUGAUGUAGUAAUAUUUGCCCUUACGCUGUACAAGGCGCUCCAGCUGCACUCUGGCCAGCAGGGCCGCGCAAGCGGGCUAAUCGAAAUCCUUUUGCGGGAUGGUUCCGUCUACUUCGCCCUGAUGGUACUAAGCAACGGGGCUAAUAUAGCAACAUAUACGAUAGCAAGGCCCUUCCUCCGUGGUUCAGGGACAUCUGUUACCAACGUAACUUCGGCGAUCCUCAUUUCCCGCCUCAUGCUCAACUUACGCGCACCAACUGGCAGCGUCUCGUAUGCCCCCGACUCGCAUAGCCGUGCGGGGCUCACUGACCUCGACACCCACGGGCCUGGAUACGGAGAUGAUGGACCGGACGAAGACGGGGCGGGUGGGGGUCGGCUGACGACGGUGACGCCGUACUACUCGCAGGACGGGGAUGUGGACUGUAGCUCGUACGGAUAUGGAUAUGAUCCGGAGCGCGAGGAGGACGAUGGGAGGACGACGCCUGGAAAGGGGAAACAGAGGCUUGUAGUGUGA